AUUUAAUCACAAAUCAAAUAUAUAUAAAAGUCAAAUACAAAUGGUAACUCACCAUUGAUCAUAGGAGGUGUGGUUAACUAUUAACAAAUUUCAAGUUAAACAUUAUUAUCAUUAUUAUUAUCUACACUACUUUCAAUCAAAUAAUAAAUAAACGAUCUAAUUCUAUUGAAAACAAUAAAUUGUCAACUUCAAGAUUAUGGGAUCUAAUAAAAAUUUCACGAAGUCGUUGGCGCUCUCUGUAUUCUUGACGUGUUUAGGAUCAUCCUUUACAAUUGGUUACAAUUUAGGAAUUUUAAAUUUGCCAGGAGAGCAUAUUAAGGAGUUUUUAUCUCGUACUAUGUUGGGUAAAAAUGCAAGUGUAGCUGAAAAUACAACAAAUCUUGUGACACCAAGUUUUUUAUAUGCUCAAGUUAGCACAGCUUUUGUAAUAGCUGGUGCAAUUGGAGCUUUCAGUUGUGGUGCUAUAGCUGAUUGUUUAGGAAGACGUAAUGGUCUGAUAGUAAACAGUUUAUUUGCAAUCGCUGGAGGAAUAAUGGUUGGUCCAUGUGUGGCAUAUAGUCAACCUGCAUUACUAUUUGUUGGACGUGUUUUAAAUGGAUUAAAUUUUGGAAUAUCAAUGGGAAUAGCACCAAUGUAUUUAACAGAAAUAGCACCCAUAUCUCUUCGUGGUGGAAUUGGUUCAUUACAUCAGCUUGCUUUAACUAUCGGGAUACUUGUAUCCUAUUUAGCAACAUUAACAUACACAUUAAAUACAUCAACUUUGUGGCCCAUAUCUGUCGCUGUUGGAUCAAUUCCUGCAUUAAUUGCAUUAAUUCUUCUACCUUAUUGUCCUGAGAGCCCACGUUUUUUAUUUAUUAAAAAAGGAAAAGAAGAACAAGCACGUAAAGCCUUUCAGCGACUUAAUUGUAAAGAUAAUAUCGAUGAAACAUUUGAUGAAAUGAAAAGAGAAAUGAAUGAAGCUGAAAAACGAUCAAAAUUCAAAUUUUCCAAACUUUUCACUCAGAAAGAUUUACGUAUGCCAGUAUUAAUUGCUUGUAUCAUACAAGUAUUUCAACAGCUUUCUGGAAUUAAUGCUGUGAUCACUUAUUCUUCUACAAUGCUUAAAACUGCUGGAAUUCCAUUGAUGUAUAUUCAGUUUUGUGUAGUUGCUGUAGGAGCAAUUAAUGUGUUAAUGACUAUAAUUUCGGUAUAUUUAAUUGAACGUGCAGGACGUAGAACUCUUCUUUUAUGGCCAGCAGUACUUCUUGCUUUUUCAUUAUUAUUUUUAACAAUUUCAGUGAAUGUAGCAAGUUCAACAAAAGAUCCAACAACAGCUCGAACAGCUGGAAUAAUUUCAGCUGUUCUUAUAAUUCUAUAUGUAUGUGGUUUUGCUUUAGGUUUAGGUCCAAUUCCUGGUGUAAUUGUUGCUGAAAUAUUUAGGCAAGAACCAAGAGCUGCAGCCUAUUCUCUAAGUCAAGGAGUUAACUUAUUAUGCAAUUUAUUGGUGUUAUUCAGUUAUCCAAGCAUUAAUAGAUUGAAGUAUGAUAUAGACAUUUUCUGUUUCUGAAUGUAUUAAGUUAGAAGAAAAUAUGAAUUGGAAUAAGAUUUUAACACAGACUCUGAAAAACUGGAAAAGUGGUCAUAUUGUAAAAUGUCAUCACUCAUUCACUGACCGUAUCCCAAGUUCAGUCGGAUCAUUAUUUGAACAUUAUUACUAUGAUGUGUUGAAUAAGACUGUUGUAUACAUUCUAGAUAAAUAACGUAAAUAACAAGUUUGGACUGAAUGUAUGUGAAAAAAGGCCUAACGAAGAUAGGCACAUCUCACUUCUGAUACAUAUUCUAUUUACUUAUUUAAUAAAUGAUUACAAUGCUAUUACGGCGUGCACUUUGUAUGUGGACAGAUAUAAGUAGUAUGUAGCAGGAAUAGGGAGUGAAAUGCUUUCCAGCAAAAUAUUCAAAUAAAGAGAACAAGAAAGAAAACGAAGUCCAAUCGGAAUAAGGAGAGAAUAAGAAGAAUUAUAGAAUAUGUAAAGGACAACUUCAGAAAAACUUGCAAUAUACGUGUUUAAUGCAUGAUUUAUAUAUUUUAUAAAGGCACUGUGCGAUUUUGCAUAAAACGGUAAACUGUUUUCCCUUACCUGAGUUUUCGUCCAUUGUUCUAUGACAUAGUUGAAAACUGUUGUAAGUUUGUAAGGAUGAAAAUUUUAUUUUAUUUUCACCUAUUUAAACUAAUUAAAAUGUAUUUAUUUCGAAAGAAAUAAGGUUAUAUGCUAGUACUAAUCACAAACGUUACUAGGUAGAAUUAGGUAACUUAAUCAUCAUUUUGUUAUAACUUAAACUUACCGAGUCAAAUUUACCAAAUUAUCAAAACUAUACCUGACAAAUUAGUAUAUCCAAAAUUCAUAGCAUGGCAACAUUACAAAGAAAAAAGACGAAACACUCAAAUCUUGUGAAUCAGGCUACAAAGAAUGAUAGAUUUAUGUCGGUUAAACAUCUUAGUAAUCGAAGUGAUUGAUUAGAACCGUCGUAUUACAACGAUUUCAUACGUUUGUACCAAACAUAUAAAACUUAAACCAUAUCAAUUAAAUAAUUAUAACAUUUUAUUUUAUCAGCCAAAUCAUUCAAGGAAUUAUCAUUUAGAUAGUUUCCUUGGCUGCUAAUUUAUAAAUGUAUCUCAUGUUGAUAGAAAAUUAAAGUCAAUUUCAGACAAUAACAUAAUGGAUAAUAGUUAUACUCAAACUAUAUAUAUAAAAUAAGAAAGAAAUGAUUAUAUACAUUCACGAGAAAGUGAAUUUUGAUUGAUUUUAUGAGGAAUAGAAACGUUUAAACAAUCUUACUAAUUUUCAUCAAUAUUCAAAAGUUACGUCAAUUGAGAAUACUUAUUUUUCACAAGAUUACCUGUCGAUCAGUAAAGAGAUAAGAUAUCAUUAUCAAAAGUUGAGUAAAACACUUCUGAAUCGGAUAGUUUACCUCUUAAGGAAUUUAGUAUAUUGAUUAUUUCUCUUAUAAAUUUUAAAGAAUGAUAAAUCUUUUAAACUACAAUUCAACUACAUAAUACAUUUUUAUGUCUAAAACGGUAGGUAUUUUGAUUUUUAACUUACUAAUUACAUACAACUAGAAAGACAUACAUUUGUUAAGUAUAUGAAUGUAAAUAGUAAACGUCUGAACAACGAAUUGUCAUAUGAUCAUUUAUUGGAAUCAUGAGAAGACUAUUCGCAUUCUUUCAUGAUGAAAUUCUAUUUAUAAAUAAUGAACGAUGCCAAUAAAAAUUAUUCAUAGUGUAAAAAACAUGUCACUUAUAAAUGUUAUAAUGAAUAAUUUUCUGGUUAGCGUUUUUUUAGCGAGUUAGUUUUCUACGGGAUGGGGACGCUAACCCCAUGCCCAACCCUCCUCCUUUAUCCGGGUUUGGGACCGGCAGUAGCCCCCGGAGGGACUCCAGGUGGAGUUAAAUGUUAUAAUGACUGAUACAAAUAAAAAUCAGACCAUUCCCAUAGGGGCGAUUACAAAUAUCAGCAUUAUAUAUAUGCCACGAACUAUGGGAUUUCACCUAGACUUAUGGAACUUAUCUUGAUUGUUAUUAACAGUUAUUAAGAUAACAAUUCAAGCCAUACUGUUUAGUGGUAACGUAGGAUUUUCGUUGUCAAAACAUGUCAUAUUUCUCUUCCAAACUAAUGAAAGUUGUUCAACUAUUUCUGUUUAAAAUAUGAAAUACAUUCAAGUGAACAUGUAUCGUUGAAUUUCAUAAUUUACAUUACGCGUUUGUUUUAAUUAGAGAACUAUUGACAACCAGGAAGCAUUGAGCAACUAUUUUGUCUUAACAUUGGAUUUGAUUAGAACUUUAUAUUUAGAUUACUGAAAUAAUAUUCAAUUGUCUACAUUUUGUAUUCUCGGUAUAAGAAAAUACUUUAUUCCAAAUUUCUUUAAACUUGUAUAAUGAUAUAUAACCGUUAAAUUAAUGAACCAUCCCAUUUUUAAUAUUAUAUUGAUCGAGCUUAUCACUUUCAGUCUUUACUUUAACGCUAUUUUUCUCUCUUUUUUUUCUGUCUUUGUUUUUUAAAGGAUGCAAUUGGUGGUUAUUCAUUUCUACCAUUUUUAGUUAUAGUUAUUGUCUGUUGGAUAUUCUUUUAUUUAUAUAUGAUUGAAACAAAAAAUCGUACAUGUGAUUGUAAUGCAAGAGAUUUAGCUUCACCAAAAAUUGUCGCUUGUCAACGUCCAUCAAGAUUAAGUUAUAAAAAUGAAGAACCAUUUUAUUCAGAUGAAUAAAAUAAAUUUAUUCAAUAAAAAAAACAGACACAACUGAUUCACUUCACACACACACCCUCACCCCCCCC